AUGGACUGCCCGGUCACUACGGAAGGUGACUAUAUCAGCUCCCAUGUGACAGGGUUUCCUACCGACGAGGACGAUCAGCGAGUCGGAGGGCUCGCCUCUAUGCCUGUCACCAACGGUGUGCGGUACCACGCACAGCAGCCUGCGAUGCAGGACUUACACUACUCCGGCUCUUCUGCUCUUGCUAUGACACCUACAGAUUCUGGCUCCGGUAUGGCUUCUUCUUCGAGUGGCAACUUGGAUGUUAGCCCUCGUGCUGAUCCAUCCUGGUAUUUAACAGACUCUUUUUCUCCAACCUCUGGUCCUAUAUUCCCCUACUUGUCUCAGCAGCAACAUCAUUUUGAUCGUCUGAACGAUUUUCGACGUGGUCUCCCUCUUCAACCUCCAGCCGGCAUGUCAACCACCAUUCAAACACCAUCCCAUGGGGUUAGCUCCCUCUCGACCCUUAUGGGACGAAAUAAUGCCUAUUCAUCCUCUUAUGCUUUGCACAGAGGAAUGGGCUUGCCACUUGCAGGAGUUAAUGACGUUUCUCGGUCUCACCAAUACUCCGGCACACCUCGAGCUCUGGAUGGGGUCUUGGAUCGAUCACAGACUAUCUUCCAGCAGCCAAUGGUGGAAUCUUCACAACGAUCUUCAACCCAAGUUGAAGCCCCACCUUUCAACGAUACCAACAUCCUCGAGUCGAUCGUGGCAGACUAUGGAGGCAGCCAGACAAGAGUCAAUCCAGAGAUUCAAGCCAAGAUUGGACGCGGCUUUUUCGCAUCCGAUGGAAAAUGGACCUGCUAUCGUCGUAACUAUUUCGCCGUUACCUGCAGUUUCAGCCUCUCGCCAUGGCCCGCAUCUGUGCCUCUAUACGUUCGACAAGAGAAUGGAAAUCUAGCACCUAUCCGAGGAUUCCAGAUGUCUAUUUCUGCGAUUGUGAACGAAUCCUAUACCGAGACCCGCGAACUUGUUCAACACACACCCAAACGCGACAAGCAAUCCGAGCGAAAACCAGGUCCCGUACCUCUAAACCCUUCUCCACCACCUUCUCUCGCCGCCAGCUCUACAGGAAAUGGCACGCACUCUAGCUUCCCACUUAACUCGCAGUCUCUAGACUACAACGCCUCUUUCUCCGGUGCACCUCAACCCUGCGCACCUCCGACCUCGCACAUGUUUGAGCGAAUCCAAUUCCAGAAAGCGACCGCCAAUAACGGCAAGCGCCGCGCUCAGCAGCAAUAUUACAAUCUAGUGGUGGAGCUGCAUGCAGAGGUCUCUGAUCCCGUGACUGGAGAGUCCGAGCCCGUUUUGAUUGCGCGCCGUCAUUCCGACCGAAUGGUUGUACGAGGCCGUUCGCCUGGACAUUACAAGGACGGCAGACGUGACAGUACAGCGAGCAUGGGGCCGGAUGGAAGUAGUGGGGAUGGGAAUGGUGGCGGCCUCCCUCACGCAAUGGGUCAGUCUGCACGUUCACACCUCCUGAUGUACGACUCGACUCACGGAGGUGCGCUUCCGUACGGCAGAACGGAUUAUCGUCAGAUGCAGACAGCUGAGCACUCACCUCUGAGUGAUAGUCCUCUUGUCUCGUCUUCGUCGUCUUCGGGCUUUGAUCAUUACAUGAUGAAUGAAGGUACUAUGGAUCCUAUGGAUACUUUGAAAAGUGAUCCAUAUCAAGAUCCUUUCACUGGGGUUUCUAGUCAUCAUCGUCACAGUACUGGUGGUUACGAUCCUGUUUACUCGACCUAUGGACGUUAUGACCCGAUUCAGAACUCGCAUAGCCUAUGCACUUAG